AAGUGUGGCGGAGCGGCCGCGCGGUGCACGCCGGGACGGCGCAUGGCGGACCCGGACGGUCCCGGUGCCUGCGGGGAAGAGGCGGAGCAGGACGAGGAGUCCCCGGUUUCGGACCCUGAGCUGGGCGCUUCGGCCGACGCUGACAUGGAGCUGCUCCGGACCCUCCUGUCCCGGACCCUCGGGCUCGGGGGGGACAAACCCGAGCGGGUGCUGGACGAGCUGUCCCUGGAUGGAGUGAGCCGGUUCCUGCGGAGCGAGCGGUGUAAGAACAUCGUCUGCAUGGUGGGCGCCGGGAUCUCCACCUCCGCCGGGAUCCCCGAUUUCCGCUCCCCCGGCACGGGGCUCUACGCCAACCUGCAGAGCUACGACCUGCCCUAUCCUGAGGCCAUCUUUGAGAUCAGUUUCUUCAAAGUAUGCCCCCUCCCAAAUUUCAGGGGGAUCCCGACCCUUUUGGGGUAUCUCGCCCCCCAGCCCACGGUGUGUCACUACUUCAUGCGGCUGCUGCAGGACAAGGGGCUGUUGCUGCGCUGCUACACCCAGAACAUCGACACCCUGGAGAGGGUGGCGGGGCUGGACCCGGAGCGGCUGGUGGAGGCUCAUGGCACCUUCUUCACCUCCCACUGCCUGCGCCCCUCGUGCCGCCAGCCCUACAGCCUGAGCUGGAUGAAGGAGCGGAUUUUCUCCUCUCUCGUCCCCAAAUGUGAGAAGUGCCAGGGCCUGGUGAAACCCGACAUUGUGUUUUUCGGGGAGAGCCUCCCCUCACGCUUCUUCACCCUCCUGCAGUCGGACUUCCAGAAAGUUGACCUGCUCAUCAUCAUGGGCACCUCGCUGCAGGUGCAACCCUUCGCCUCACUCGUCAGCAGGGUCCCUGUCAACACCCCCAGACUCCUGAUCAACAAGGAGAAGACGGGACAGAGUGACCCCCUGAUGUCCCUGAUGGGCUUCGGCUGCGGGAUGGACUUUGAUUCGGAGAAGGCCUACAGGGAUGUGGCCUGGCUGGGGGACUGUGACAGCGGGUGCCUGGCUCUGGCCGAGUUGCUGGGCUGGAAGGAGGAGCUGGAGGAGCUGGUGAGGAGGGAACACGCCGCCAUUGACGCCGGGGGGGGUGACAAGGACCGGGAGAACCCCGAAAACCGUCGGGGGCACAAUGAAAAGGGGGACCCCAAACAGCGUCAGGGGCACAAGGACGAGGCUCAGAGGGAGCCUGAAAAGCCCCAGGGGGGCAGCGAGAAACCCCCCCAGAGGGAGAGGGACACACCCCAAAAAUAAAUGGUCUGAAAGAG